GAUUCCAUCAACGAUUCGUUCGCGCGAACCGGACAUCGCUAGUAAAUAAACGCCGAGGCUCCGGAACUAAGACGAUAUUUCAUGAAAUCUAAAGGAUGGAAAUAAGGCUUCCGAUUUUCACACACAAUAAUGUUGUAUUGUGUGUCUCCGCGGUGUUUGUUUUCGUUGGUGUGUGUGGCGUGUCAGCGAUAGACGUGUUCACUCCAGACGAGGUGUUGGUGGAGAACGGGACCACAGUCACUCUGUCCUGCAGCUUCAAGUCUAGAGAAGUGAUCAGUAGUUCAGCGUCAGUGACGUGGUCUUUCCUUCCGGAGGGAGAGACCGGAGCGUCCACUUCAUUCUUCUAUUACUCCACUGGGAAGUCAUUUCCGGGCACGAUGCCGCAGUUUAAGUCUCGUGUGGAGUGGGCCGGAGACAUGAACAAGAAGGACGUGUCGAUCCGUGUGAUCCAGAUGCAGUUCAAGGACAACGGGACGUUCAGCUGCGACGUGAAGAAUCCUCCGGACAUCUCCGGACAGAUGUCCUUCAUUAAAGUCAGGGUGGUCAUGAAAGAGGCUCUUCCUCAGACCAGCACAGCAGUGAUCGUGGGGGGGGUGAUCGGAGCCGUGAUCGGCAUCAUCAUCAUCGCUGUGGUCACCUACCUGAUCAUCAGACGACGGGAGCCCAGUCACGCCUACGAGGGCUGCACCUCGUUAGAGAGUGUGAGCUCACAGAACACUAGGGUGGGGAAGAAAGUGGAGUCUAGCAACGACAACUCGCGCUGCUCCAGCCCUUCCGCCCCUGUACAGGUACGAGCCUCCCACAGCCUGAGCGAGUGUGUGUGUGUGAGCGAGUGUGUGUGUGUGAGCGAGUGUGUGUGUGUGAGUGAGUGUGUGUGUGUGAGAGCGGGUGUGUGUGUGAGAGCGGGUGUGUGUGUGAGAGCGAGUGUGUGUGAGUGAGUGAGUGAGCGAGCG